AUGAAGCAUAUCAAGUGUUCAGGAACGCCAUACGAGAUUGGCCGUCAGCACGGCGAAGCUGCCAAAACCGAGGUGCACGGAAGCAUUGCCUUCUAUUCCGCUUUCUUCAAGGAGAGGACCAAACUUUCCUGGGCACAAGUGCAGGAUGUCGCUCGAAAGUCCCUUCCCUGGCUACAGACUUCAUACCCUGAAUAUGUCGACGAAAUGCAAGGUGUUGCCGAUGGUGCUGGCCUCGAUCUCGAGUCAGUUGUCGCGCUGAAUGUCCGCACUGAGAUUGCCUUUGGCAUGCUGAGCGACGGCUGUACCGCUGUGGCCUGGAAGACGUCAGACGAGAGUUUCCUGGCGCAGAAUUGGGACUGGAACUUUGACCAAACGCCCAACAUCAUCUGUCUCUCCAUCGAGCAGCCCGGCAAGCCCAGGAUCCACAUGAUGAGCGAAGGCGGCAUUAUUGGCAAGAUCGGGAUGAACUCCGCAGGCGUCGGCGUCACGUUGAACGCCAUUCAAGCGCCUGGCGUAUCGUUUGACAAGCUUCCCUGCCAUCUUGCGCUGAGGACGGUACUCAAUAGCACAUCCAAGGAGGCGGCUGCAGACGCCCUUCGCAAAGCCGGAUUAGCUUCGGCAUGUCACAUCACCAUUGCCGAUGCGUCGACCGGGGGGGUUGGAUUCGAAUGCACGGCGCUUGACAUUGUGGAAUUGCCCAUGGACACGGAUGGCCCGUUGCGUGGCUCCUGUACUCACUCUAACCACCUGGUCAAGAAACACAAGGUAGACGGGGCAUUGUUCCUCAAUGACUCGCCCUUCAGGCUUGAUCGAAUUCAGCAGCUGAUGAGGGACGUCGGCAAACCGUCCGUGCAAAGCUUGAAGGAGAUCUUGAAGGACGAGAGAAACUAUCCCACCGCUAUCAACAGAGCUGUAGGUGAGAAGAGCACGAGCCAGACCUUGUUUUCCAUUGUCAUGGACUUGAAGCAAGGCUUUGCCGAUGUUAAAAUGGGCCGACCAACGGAGGAUGGGGAAGUGUUCCAACUGAGACCAUAA